AUGGUAGAUAUUGAAUUUUCAUCACUUCGAAAACAAAAUGAAUUGCAAGAUAUUAAUACUGCAAAAAUUGUUAAUCCAAUUAAGAGAUCAAUGAUGGAAAUAAUAAAUAAUAAUAUUAAUAAUGGAAAUGGAAAUAAUGAAAGUAAUAGUAGUAGUGGAUCACAACAAAAUUUAUUACGAACAAAUGCAAGAUCAUCAAAUUUAUCAACAAAUAAUAAUUAA